CAUUUUCCACUGUAAAAUGCACUUAAACGAGAGCUAAAAAAAAAAAAAAAAAAAAGAAGAAAAAGAAAAAAGAAUGGAGUUUGUGAGCCAGACCUUGUUUAGUCUUGUACUACUGUGUUUGAGCACUACGGCGUACGCAUAUGGAACUGGAGCCCCUGAUACUGCGUGCAAUUCAAUGAAACCUUCGCAUGGUGUAGAUGCCUUAACCACCGCUACCCCUUACAAAUUACAAGUCUCUGGAAGCACCUAUAAACCAGGACAAACUAUUACAGUGACAAUAAACGGAACGGAGUACAAAGGAUUCCUCCUGCAAGCCAGAGAGCCUGAUACUUAUAAAAUCGUUGGCACUUGGCUGAGCCCUCCAAAUAACACCAAACUUGUAGCAUGUUCCGGUUCCAAUGCUGUUACUCAUGCCAAUAACCUGCUAAAGACUGGGUUGGUUUAUACUUGGAUGGCACCACAAUCCGAUGCUCCGAAAAAAGUUGUAUUUCAGGCUACAGUGGUCAAGGUUAAAGCCGAAUUCUGGAUGAACAUUAGUUCUUCUGAAUUUCAAUUAGAUGGGGCCACAUCUGGACUGAAAUGCAGUGCUUGUGUUUUGUUCUCUCUGUUGACAGUGUCACUAAUUCGUUCCAUCUGAUGCUCCCCAUCCUUCAACACAUGUUUAUACAGUGUGUGCAUGUGUAGAAAACCUGAGACAUAUUCCAAACAUUUAAUUUAGUUGGAUUUUUUAAUUUAAAUACACAGUAAAUUGUAAGACAUAUUUCUCUCUCUCUCUCUCUCUCUCUCUCUCUCUCUCUCUCUCUCCUCUCUCUCCUCAAUUUAUAUAGAUAAACACAUACAUUCCUGCAUACAUUUGAAGUCCUCAUUUUGCUGGUACUAUAUCUAUGUGUUUGAAAUGUCCUGCUGCUGUGUAUAAUAGCAGAAGUAUGACUCUUAAUUUCACUGAUUGAAAGGUUCAAAGACCAAAGAAAUCUGCUGGCCUGUCAUUGAAACUGCUGUACCUUCUAGGCAUGUAAACAAGCUGAAAAGCCAGUAAUGUCUGCUUCCUGAUGCCCAAAAUAGUAACUAGGGUAUAAUGGAGUAACCCCCCAGGACGGUGGUAUGCAGUUAAACAUGAUUGGGGGAUACUGCUGCUUUUUAAAAUGUAAUAUUAUGUCUGAGCCUUUUUCUACAGCCAGUUGAAAAUCAAAACUUCUCAGGAAUUUGUACACAUUUCCUUUGCACUACUUAUUUUUGUAACUUUUUACUAAAUUCUAUUUUUAUUGAGAAAAAAAAAACAACCUAUAAAUGCCAUAUACUGUAUAGAGACUGUAUUUGGAGAAUGUCAUGCUGUUAACACUAAUUACGUUUGCAACCUGUAACUACUGGUAAUGUACUUUGCUUAUUAAAAUUGUAAAAUAGA